GGUGCCCGUGUGGUUGGCACACUCUUCAGUCAGCCAGCACCACAUUUUCACCGACUCCUCUAGAGUGUUGCCUCAGGCAAAGGUACGUUAAGCCUGAGUCCGAAGAGGCUGCAGUUUUCCAGAAAGGACACCGUCGCUGUCAUUACUGAGAGUCUCCUACUCGGCUUCAGAGGCAAGACGUCUUCCAACGCUUGAAGCCUCCAAGCCAUCAAUAACCCCAGAUGGCCUCCCAAGGAGAUGAGAAUGCAGAACUGGAGGCAGCCUCAGCAGGUGGUACCCCAGCGAGCCAGGUGGAACCAGAGGUGGUGAAUAACUCUGUCUACCAGCCCAUUAAUGGAUCACAAAAUCACCAGAAGGAGAAGUUACAGGCCCUUGGGGCCGUCCAGAUCAUGAAUGGAGCAACAAUUCUGGCUCUGGGUGUUUUUCUAGGUGCCUUACAAAGCAUAUUUCGUCUCUUCCGCCCAUUUUUCUUGGUCUUCUACACAGGCUACCCACUAUGGGGUGCUGUUUUUUUUAUUGUUUCAGGAUCCUUGUCUGUUGCAGCUGGGAGAAAGCCCACAAAAAAGUUGGUGGAACACAAUUUUGGAAUGAAUAUUGCCAGCACUACCAUUGCUCUAGUUGGGUUUGUUUUGGUCUCGAUCAAUUUAGCAGUUAAUAAGUAUUCUCUCAAGGAAUGUCCGUCUUCACAGUCACUGGACUUAUGCAUUUGCAUGGACAUCUUAUCAAACGGCAUCAUGUCUCUAAUGCUCAUCCUUACCUUGCUGGAAUUAUGCAUCAGCAUCUCUGUUUCAGCCAUGUGGUGUGCAGAAAAUGCAUGUAAUUCCAGAGAGGCGAUUUCCUCACCUGGUAAUUCUGUGUAAGCAGAAAUGCCUCCUGAUGAAACUAAAUCUGAGAGCAAGGAAGUUCAACCUCAACUCUCCAAUGAGUCAGAGCUUCAUCAAAGACCUCAGGAAGACAGGAGCCUCCUCUCUUUACAGCACGAAGCAUGAGAAACUUGAAUAUCUGACUCAACUUUUUUGUUUUUGUAAAUUCUGUGCUCUCCACUCCAAAGUUGUUCCCAUAAUCGGUGCUCUUUCUUCUUACCCACCUACUCCAUUGCCUUACAAGGUUUAAAGGAAGCAGGCAGAAUAAUUCCCGUUUUAUGAAUUCUCUCUAAAUCCAACUCCGAACCACCCAUUGAGAAGGAAAAUGAGUCAGAUGUUUUUUGCAUUGCAGAAAAAUGCUUCUUGACUUUAGCUGACGUCGGCAUUGUAAAACCUCAAAUA